UUGAAACAUAUUACUGACUUGUGUUUUUGUUUCAGGUUGACAAUGGCAAUGCGUAUAUUGCUGACAUUGCUGCUUUUAUUCUGGGCAUCUGAUAGAUCCCAUGGUCAGACAACUAUAGAAUAUACAUCCCAGGGAAGCUCAGUGACAUCAUCAUCAUCAUUUGUCUCAUCACCAUCACUCACAUCAUCAUCCCUGACCUACUUAGUGGACACUACAGGGUCAAUGUAUGAUGACCUCCAGCAGUUAAAAUUGUCAAACGACUGGCUUCUUGAUAGCAUAACGGCACGAUUCCAAAGUGGAGUACGGCAGUAUACAAUGGUUGAGUUCAAUGACCCAACCUUUGGUCAGGUAAAGGUGACAUAUUCAAAGGAUGAGUUUAAAACAUUUUUCAAUAACCUCCAUGCCUAUGAAGGAGGCGACUGCCCAGAAUUAGCAAUGAAUGGACUCAAAGUGGCUUUAGAGAAUUCCCCACACGGAUCUUUCAUUCUGGUGCUUACAGAUGCAUCUGCUAAAGAUUACACAGACACAGCCCUCAUGAACAGCAUACAUUCACUUAUAAAUACCAAGCAAUCACAGGUAGUCUUUUUAAUAACAGGGCUUUGCUCCAGUUUGAAUGAUCCAGCCUUCCUCAUUUAUCGAGAUAUUGCUUCUCUGAGUUAUGGGCAUGUCUUUCAAAUUAACCUCUCAGAUCUGGGCAAGGUGUUUCAUUAUCUAGACUUCACACUAUCAAGACCUGCUAAUAAUACAGAAAGACUUUUGUACAGAUACUACAAUGCCAGUCAUACUGAUAACUUUUCAGUAUCAACUAACUACACUACCUUACUGUUCAUCACUGAUGGCCCAAUUACCUCAAUAAGAAUUAUUGGACCUGACUCAAAAGACCCAAAUCUAAAGACAAUUGUGUCUGAAAUCUGGGGCUCAAUUUAUCAUAUUAAAAAUCCUGCUCAAGGAGUAUGGACCAUAUUUGUUGAUUCAGGAAGUCCCCAUGCUGUUCAGGUGGAAGGAUUUACAGUUACCAACACAUCAUGUAAGUUAUUCUUCAUUAACAUUAUCUAAAAAUAUGAAAAAAGAAUGGUAUUUAAUGUCUGUAUUUAUUUUUACAUACAUAAAAAUGAAGGCUCCAUAUAUUUAUCAUUUCUUCUACAAUUGUCAAAAAUUAAUGAUGUUCACUUGAAACGCUGUAUAAAAAAUAAAGCUUAUGCUCUCACAAA